AAUAAUAAUAAUAAUAAUCAUAAUCAUAAAUAAAAUAUAUGUUAUAAAAUAUAUUUUUUAAUUAAUUAAUAUAUUUAAUAAAUAUAUAAAAUAGUUACUUUAUAUUAGUCCUUUUUACUUUUUUUUUUUUUUUUUUUUUAAUUGAUAUCAAUUUAAAACAAACAAAUAUAUUUAGUCAAAAACAAAUAAAAAAUAAUAAUCAUACAAUAUUUAUUUAUUUAGUAAAUUAAAAAAAAAUAAAAAAUGUUUAAUAUCAAUCCAUAUAAAAAAAAAUCAACAAAACCAACAAAUACACCAACAUCAUCAUCAACAUCAUCAUCGGCCUCAUCCCCAAAAUCAUCAUCAAAAGAUAAAGAUAAGAAAAAGAAAUCAUUUUUAAAGGAUGAUGGAGGUGUCAAUGCUUCACCAUGUAAAACUGAAAAUAGUUUAUCACUAACAUCCUUAUCAGAGAUUACACACUCACUUUCAAAUACACAUACACAAACACCAACCGAUACAAGUUUAACAGCAGAGGAUGUCAGUGAAGUUGGUGAUGAUUAUGAUCCAUUCCUUUCGAUUUUAGAGGAACCAAUUGACCAACAAUCAAGUAAUAUAGAAAAAGAAACCACCGAAGAGCUUCAAGAGAUGUUGGCAGUACUUAAAGGUGUACAAAACGAAUGUAAUGUUUUAUUAUUAGGUAGAACAGGUGUUGGUAAAUCAUCAACACUUAAUACUGUCUUUGGUAUCGAUAUUCCAGUUCAUUCAUCAGAAUCAUGCACCCAAGAUCCAUUCACUUAUAGCAGAGUUGUAAAUGGUUUCAAAUUAAAUAUUAUUGACACCCCAGGUUUUUUAGAUUCUCAAGGUGAGUUAGUAGAUUCAAACAAUAUGAUUAAAAUUCAACGUUAUCUCUCUGGCAAAACUAUUCACUGCGUUUUAUUUGUUGAAAAAUUCACCGAAACCCGUUUCGAUGGUGCUCAUCAAUUGGUAAUUAAUCAAUUCACAGAGAAAUUAGGACCACAAUUAUGGAGAAAUGCUGCUGUCGUUUUAACCUAUGCAAAUUCAGUACUCCCAGAUUCAUGUUAUGAUGGCUUUGAUGAAGAGGAUGAAAUUGGACCAUGGAAAAAACACUUUGAUGCAAGAGCUCUUCAAUUUAGAAAAUUCUUUUCUGGUAUUUUAGCUCAAUUACCCCAAGAUGACUAUCCACCAAAACAUAUUCCAGUCUAUGCUAUGGAAAACUCUCGUAGAUGCAGAAGAAACGAUCAAGGUCAAAGAAUUUUAGUUGACGGCACUCCAUGUCUCCAUUUGCUUAUUAGUGGACUCUUAAAAAUGGUCGAUCCUAAAACUGCUUUCCUCUUUAUGGGCCAUCUUAGAGCUAAAAACAAACCAGGAAGAGGUCAUCGUGGUGAUCAGAAUGAUAGAGAGCGUUCAAUUCUCGAUAAUAUUACCGAAAUUCUUAAAUUAUUUGUAGUUCCACCAUUUGAUCAAUUGGGUAAAGGUACUGUUGCCUUAGCACUUGAAAAUUGGGGUAAAAAAUUGGAUAAAAUAGGUAAUUUACCUAAUUUACUUAAAAUUUAAAUAUAACAAUAAAAUAAUAAUAACAAACAUAAUAACAAUAACAAUGGUUCAAUCAAUAAUACAAUCAAUUUUUAGAGUUUCAUUCUUUAUUAUAACAUUUAAAAAUUAUAUAAUUUAUAAUUUAGUAAUUUAAAAAAAAAUACAAAAAAAAUACAAAAAAAAUACAAAAAAAAAAUACAAAAAAAAAAAAUUCAUGUAUAAUUAUAUUAUAAAUAUAUAAUUAUAUUAUAAUAUAUAAUUUCUUUUCAUUUUAUAGUUAAUACUUUUUUAUUUUUUUUUUAUUUAAAAAAAAAAAAACAUGUGUAUAAAUAAAAUUUAAUAUUUAAAUAUU